AUGGUGUCUGGAAAUGACCCGAUGGAGCCUUUCUUCAAUUCAAUUCAAUUGGUGAGGGACGCUUUUACGCCCUUCGAGCUGGGAAUCCGAAAAGCUGCUAGAGAUCUUGAAAACUGCUGGGGGAGCGGCGGUUGGAAUAAUGACAAGGGUUUUAUGCACGAAUUGAGUUGCGGGGAAGGUGGGAAUGGUGUUCACAGCAACGCACAUAUCCUUGCCGUGGAGAAGAAGAGUGCCUGUAAUGGUGGUUGUGGUGGUAUGGCUGAAGAGAGGAAGAAAGGUUUAUCCAUCAGAGUUCCUGUUAGAGCUUUGCUGGGGUUGUUUUCCCCUAAUUUGGAGCAAGAGCGUAAGCGUAAUGGUGGCAACAAGGCCAAGGUGUCAAAGAAGGGGAGCAAAGAGAAGGGGGAGGGGAACUUAGAUGACUCUUGUACAAACUGUUUGAAGUUUGCUGUCACUUGGUCCGUGUUGGUCAAUGGAUUUGUUCAAGCGCUCCCUGGUCCUUUCAAGAACAGCAAGAAAAGGGUGGUUGAAGUGGCUGAUGAUGACAAGGUUAAUCUGCAGCUGUGCAACCAAGGGUCCAAUCCCAUCGAGGAUGGACUGAAGCAAAGAGAGUCAAACGGUCAGUAUGUAAAAGUUCUUCACAACCAGAACUGGAAUGGGAAUGGGAAAGAGGGGAAACAUGUAUCGGUUGAAUGUCUUAUAGGUUUUCUGUUUGAUCAUCUAGUUCAUAAUCUACAGAAACUGGAUCAGAGUUUGCAGGAGAAUGAGAAUAAGUCUUGCGAUUGCGAGUGUUCAAACCGACCUCCGGUAACCUCUCAUUUUGACCACCUGAAAGCUUUCAUGAGCAUUUGGGAAGCUCGCAGGAUAGAGGUGAAUGGUUUUUUGGGCAACUUAAGCUUUGCAAGAGUUGGUAGUGUUCCACCGACUAUCGUUGGGGUGUCUUCUUCAGUGAACGAAGAAGGCGAUGAUGGUGCCAAUGCUGGCAGUACCAAAGAGACCGGGAGUGGUUUACCUCAGAAGCUGCUGGCAGGUGGUUUACUCAGUAUUCCCUUGUCCAAUGUGGAACGUUUGAGAUCAACCUUAUCUACCGUCUCAUUGACAGAGUUAAUGGAGCUUGUCCCACAACUGGGAAGGGCUUCCAAAGAUCAUCCUGACAAGAAAAAAUUGUUCUCUGUACAGGAUUUUUUCAGAUACACAGAGUCUGAAGGAAGGAGAUUCUUUGAGGAAUUGGAUAGAGAUAGUGAUGGUCAAGUGACUCUGGAAGAUCUUGAAAUGGCUAUGAGAAAGAGGAAGUUACCCAGAAAUUAUGCUAGAGACUUCAUGCGCCGUGCUAGAAGUCAUUUAUUUUCAAAAUCUUUUGGUUGGAAGCAGUUUCUGUCACUGAUGGAACAGAGGGAACCAACUAUUCUUCGUGCCUAUACUUCUCUUUGUUUGAGCAAGUCUGGUACCCUAAAAAGGAGCGAAAUUCUGGCUUCGCUUGAAAAUGCUGGACUUCCAGCUAAUGAGGAGAAUGCUAUGGCUAUGAUGCGAUUCCUGAAGGAAGAUGCAGAAGAAUCAAUCUCUUAUGGGCAUUUUAGGAAUUUUAUGCUUUUGUUGCCUUCUGAUCGUCUUCAAGAUGAUCCCAGGAGCAUAUGGUUUGAAGCUGCAACUGUUGUUGCUGUUGCUCCGCCUGUGGAAAUACCGGCUGGAAGUGUUUUACGGUCUGCGUUGGCUGGGGGUCUCUCGUGUGCACUUUCCACAUCUCUGAUGCAUCCUGUUGAUACUGUAAAGACUCGUGUGCAAGCUUCAACUUUGACAUUUCCGGAAAUCAUUUCAAAGCUUCCACAAGUUGGAGUCCAAGGAUUAUACCGGGGUUCUAUACCUGCAAUUGUGGGACAGUUCUCCAGCCAUGGCCUGCGGACGGGGAUAUAUGAAGUUAGUAAACUUGUGCUGAUCAAUGUUGCCCCCACUCUCCCAGACAUCCAGGUGCAAUCGAUAUCAUCAUUUUGUAGCACAUUUUUGGGGACGGCAGUGAGAAUUCCCUGUGAGGUGUUGAAGCAGCGUUUGCAGGCUGGUCUUUUUGACAACGUGGGAGAAGCAAUUGUGGGUACUUGGCAACAAGAUGGUCUAAAGGGUUUCUUUCGUGGUACCGGGGCUACCCUUUGCCGUGAAAUCCCAUUCUAUGUGGUUGGCAUGGCCCUUUACGAAGAAUCCAAAAAGGUUGCUCAACAAAUGCUGAGGCGAGAGCUGGAACCUUGGGAGACAAUCACCGUUGGAGCUUUAUCUGGUGGACUGACUGCUGUGUUAACGACCCCUUUUGACGUGAUGAAGACAAGAAUGAUGACGGCCCCUCGAGGAAGACAACUACCAAUGUCAAUGGUAGCCUACUCUAUACUCCGCCGUGAGGGCCCCCUUGGGCUAUUCAAGGGAGCAGUGCCAAGGUUUUUCUGGAUCGCUCCCCUGGGUGCCAUGAACUUUGCUGGCUAUGAGCUGGCAAGGAAGGCCAUGACCAAAAGCGAGGAACCAGCAGCAAGCGAGGAUCUGUCUCAGAAGAAGUUGACCAGUGCCGGCUAG